UUGUUUUAGGGUUUGGCUUUGCCGCUGGAAGUGACCUCUGUUUUAAUUGUAAUAAAUAUGACUUCGAGAGUUUUGAUCUGGCCAUUUCCAGGAGAAAGUGUAGCUUCAGCAGUUGGGAGGAAUCGAGUAGACUGGCAAUCUGUUUGCAUAUUGAUAAGAGUUUUGAAAAAAAGUCACCCUUGAAUGUCAAAGAUGGUGUUUUUAGAAAUGAUAAGAGCAAGACUCUCUGAAAUUAAAGCCUUUACAAUGGACAACAUGAAUAGUCCUCUGUGCUUUGCCACUUGCUUCAUAACAUCUUUAUCUUGUAAAGCUAUAUUUCUUUCAUGUGUUAAGUGACCCAAAUUCACUGAGAUGCAGGAGGGACCCCGUUCCUCUGGGUCAACAGGCUCUGACCCCCCUGUUUUAGACCCGCCAUCCUCCCCAGUGCCAGAAUAUGUCUUCAAGCCACCAUCACGUCCGGACUUUGGCACCAUGGGCCGGACAAUCAAGCUCCAGGCUAACUUCUUCGAGAUGGAAAUCCCCAAACUGGAGGUCUACCAUUAUGACAUCGACAUCAAGCCUGAGAAAUGCCCCAGGAGGGUCAACCGUGAAAUAGUGGAGCACAUGGUCCAGCACUUUAAAACACAAAUCUUUGGUGAUCGAAAGCCAGUGUAUGACGGGAGGAAGAAUCUCUACACUGCCAUGCCCUUACCCAUAGGCAGAGAAAAAGUGGAGCUUGAGGUAACCAUUCCUGGUGAAGGCAAAGACCGCAGCUUCAAAGUAUCAAUCAAGUGGGUGUCUUGCGUUAGCCUCCAAGCGCUUCACGAGGCUCUAGCAGGGCGGCUACCCAGCGUCCCCUUUGAGACCGUCCAAGCCUUGGAUGUGGUCAUGAGACAUUUACCCUCUAUGAGGUAUACGCCGGUGGGCCGCUCUUUCUUCACGCCCUCAGAGGGAUGUUCGAACCCCCUCGGUGGUGGCAGAGAGGUGUGGUUUGGCUUCCACCAGUCGGUCAGGCCUUCCCUUUGGAAGAUGAUGCUCAACAUCGAUGUUUCUGCCACUGCGUUCUACAAAGCCCAGCCUGUUAUUGAGUUCAUGUGUGAGGUCUUGGAUUUCAAAAGCAUUGAAGAACAACAGAAGCCCUUAACAGACUCCCAACGAGUGAAAUUCACAAAGGAAAUCAAAGGAUUCCAUCUUCCAGGCCUGAAAGUGGAGAUCACUCACUGUGGGCAGAUGAAGAGGAAGUACAGAGUGUGCAACGUGACCAGAAGACCAGCCAGCCACCAGACGUUCCCCCUGCAGCAGGAGAACGGCCAAACUAUUGAAUGCACAGUAGCACAGUACUUCAAAGACAAGUACAAGCUCAUCCUGAGAUACCCCCACCUCCCGUGUCUACAGGUGGGGCAGGAGCAGAAGCACACCUACCUACCUCUGGAGGUGUGUAACAUAGUGGCUGGACAGCGCUGCAUCAAAAAGCUGACAGACAAUCAGACCUCCACUAUGAUCCGUGCUACAGCCCGAUCGGCACCUGACCGCCAGGACGAGAUUAGUAAAUUGAUGAGAAGUGCCAACUUCAACACUGACCCUUACGUUCGUGAGUUUGGAGUGAUGGUGAGGGAUGAGAUGACAGAAGUGAAUGGCCGUGUCUUACAAGCACCUUCCAUUCUGUACGGAGGCAGGAACAAAGCUAUAGCCACACCAAUCCAGGGAGUAUGGGACAUGAGGAACAAGCAGUUCCACACUGGCAUAGAGAUCAAAGUGUGGGCCAUCGCCUGCUUCGCGCCACAGAGGCAGUGUACUGAACUCCUGCUCAAAGCAUUCACAGAUCAACUGAGGAAGAUUUCACGGGAUGCAGGGAUGCCCAUCCAGGGUCAGCCAUGCUUCUGUAAGUACGCCCAGGGAGCGGACAGCGUGGAGCCCAUGUUCAGGCACCUCAAGUACACCUACCAGGGCCUCCAGCUGGUGGUUGUCAUUCUGCCGGGGAAGACGCCCGUCUACGCUGAGGUGAAGCGUGUCGGGGACACAGUUCUUGGCAUGGCCACGCAGUGUGUGCAGGUGAAGAAUGUUCAAAAGACAACACCUCAGACACUCUCCAACCUCUGUCUGAAGAUCAACGUCAAGCUGGGCGGUGUCAAUAACAUCCUCCUCCCGCAGGGCAGGCCGUUGGUCUUCCAGCAGCCGGUGAUCUUCCUUGGUGCAGAUGUGACUCAUCCUCCUGCAGGAGAUGGAAAAAAGCCGUCCAUUGCUGCUGUCGUUGGUAGCAUGGAUGCUCAUCCCAGCAGAUACUGUGCCACAGUGCGGGUGCAGCAGCAUAGGCAGGACAUCAUCCAGGACCUGGCCACCAUGGUGAGGGAGCUGCUGAUCCAGUUCUACAAGUCCACUCGCUUCAAGCCCACCAGAAUCAUCUACUACCGCGAUGGCAUCUCUGAGGGCCAGUUCAACCAGAUGCAGGUCCUUCAGCACGAGCUGCUGGCGAUCCGUGAGGCCUGCAUAAAACUAGAGAAGGACUACCAGCCUGGUAUCACCUUUGUGGUCGUGCAGAAGAGACACCACACAAGACUGUUCUGUAUGGACAGAAACGAGAGGGUUGGGAAGAGUGGCAACAUUCCUGCAGGCACCACAGUGGACACCAAAAUCACUCACCCUUCAGAAUUUGACUUCUACCUUUGCAGUCACGCUGGCAUUCAGGGUACCAGCAGGCCGUCUCAUUACCAUGUGCUCUGGGAUGACAACCACUUCACUUCAGAUGAACUGCAGGUCCUCACCUAUCAGCUCUGCCACACCUACGUGCGCUGCACCCGGUCCGUUUCCAUCCCAGCACCAGCUUACUACGCCCAUUUGGUGGCCUUCCGGGCUCGCUAUCACUUGGUGGACAAAGAGCAUGACAGUGCCGAGGGCAGUCAUACAUCAGGCCAGAGUAACGGGCGGGACCAACAGGCCUUGGCCAAGGCCGUGCAGAUCCACCAGGACACCCUGCGCACCAUGUACUUUGCCUGAGAGCACAGGUUGGCGUGGGUGAGACCCCACUGAUUGAGCACACUAACCCUCGCUGUCUCACUGUCAGCUGCAGAUGGCGUCACAGUGGUUUCACAGAGUGAGCGCCCUACUAACAGGCCUGUCAGUUACCCAUAUGUCUACAAUUGUACUUCAGCCCCUGACCCAAACAAAUCAAGCCAGCUAUUAGACUGUAAGAUGCAAAAUAAUCCCUAUUUAUUGGGGUUGCGCUGAAAGAGGUUUUAUUUACAUGUCAUGUGCAUCUUUGUGCGUUUGUAUUUGUCAUAGGGAAAUAUGUUGCAAAGAAUGAAAGGAAAAGUUUAGAAGACAAAUUCUAAUCUCGUGGGCAGUAUCAUUAUACAUUAGGGUGAUUUAUAAGUAAGAAGAAACCAAUUACCCUCCUACUCCUGUUUGCAUUGUUUAUAAGGCUCUGGGUGCUGGAAAGGAGAAAGAUAAAGUUCAUCACAAGAUCAGGGGGCCUGUUCACUGUUUAUAUGCCUAAAGAUUUGCUCCUCCGACAAACAUUAUUAUUUAUCCGCCAAUCAAAGCAAAGUGCACUGACCAGAGUGGGUACUUCAAUCAGGACAAAAGUACUUAGUUUAUUGAGGCUUGUGCGUGUGAUUUUUCACAUAGGGCACUAUGUGAUGAAAAGUGCCAUUUGCGACCACCUUUCUGUUAUUUCUGUGUAAAACUAUGAAUUUGACCCUCAUUUGCUGGGUUUUCAGUAUUUGUCCUUGAUUGACACUGAUGCCCAUUUUAUGCCAGAUCUGGUGACAAUUUACGAAAGGAUUCUUUUCAUCAGAUUUGUUAUCAACCCUUGAACCAACACUUACUUUAUUAUAGAGGAGGGCUGUUAAUGCUCAGAUGUAAGAUACAAAGAACAGCCAUUGUGUCCUCCUUCCUCUUUUUAGUCUGAACUGAAAUCGUUUCACCAGUAGCCCUAUUCCCAUGCCGAGACGUAGUGUACUGGGACCGGUUCCCAACAAGGACACCUUUCUCAUGUAGUCUGAGCUGUGUUGAUGAGACACAUGAUUUAGAAAUCAACAGGGCAACGUUUUUUUUUUUUUUUUUUGUUCCCUCCUAUUUUAUAGUCUAAUUUAAUUUCAAUCAGUUUUGUAUUGGAUAUGCAUGUAGCUGACUCAUUUUUUUUAGACAUUUGUGAUAAUAGUUUAUUUCUUACUUUUUACACAUUAACCCUACUUCUAUGUUUUAAUGUAUAUAGCAGCAGGAUAGUGUUUUCUGCAGUGUCUUUGUCAGGGCGGGAUAUUUGUGUGGCGUCUCGAUAUCAAGGCAUUCGGUACAGUGGAGUAAAAGCUGCACCAUUUCAGAGUUUAACUGAUUGAAAUUCCCUUAAAAAACAACAACUAACAACUACGGUUUGCUCCAUGAAUUGGGUGCAGUCGUCGCACAAAAGCUUGGGUUUUAUGCAAAUGACUUUUUGUGAGUCUUUAUACUAUAUAGUAAUGUUGGUUAUGAGGUAUAUUUUGAAUAAGCUUUCAGUGGAGGCUGCUGAAAAUAUUAUUGUAAUGUUUUCUUUUUUUUUUUUAAAUGACUGGCCCACAUGUAGUCUAAAUUAACACUGUCUAUUUGUAUACAGAUUUUAAAUGCAAAUAUUAUCUUGCCUUCUAAGACUGUUCCAGUCUUACUAAUAAUUAAACAUUUCCUAACAUCCCACCUAAGUUUUACUAAGUUAAGCUAGCGAAUGUUCAUAUAGUCUUGAUUGGAGGCGAGUCAUCUAUAUUUUCUAACUAUGCAUCAUUUUUAACCAACAGAUUUAGCAGUGGGAAAUCUCACAUCAAUUAGGGUCAUUUAUAGAGGUAGAUAAUCAGGUUUCUGUUUUUGUUUUUUUUAACAUGUUGCAUUUAGUAGCGUUUCUUAGUGCUUAUCAGCAUCUUCAUGCCUUUCUAACAGGAUGAAGAAUUUGUAAUAAUUUGUAACAUUGUAGAUUUUAUAGCCUAAAUAUUUGGUGUAUCCUUUGUAACACACAAUCUUUCUUAGCCAAACAAGAUUACAAACUUUUACAUUAUUAAUAUUCAAGAGACAUUGAAGCACAAAAAGGCCAUCUUGAUUCUAGGUGCUAGAAGUUUUCACUGUAAGCCACCUUAACUCCUCACUGGACUGGUCAACAAGGCUUUUUAACUUGUAUGCUUAAAAAAAAAGAUGCUUCGUCCUUUUGAGGAUCUCUUCCUCUCCCCUUGACGACCUCUCUGUUACUCUUUUUACUCACUACCUGAAAAGCAACUAGAAAUCCGACUGACUGUUUGUGGGGCAUUCUGAAAAUCAUGUACUUGAUAUUUACUGUUAUGAUGUCAAUAUUGUUAUCGGUGCUGGUCUUGCAACAUGUAAAUUUGGAUGCACUUUUGAUAGCAGAACGUUGGUAUGACUUCUAUAGACGUAUGUUCCUCAUUUAAAGCAGGAGGCUCGGCCAUAUUGCGUGACACCGGUGUAAUUGUAUGGAAAUGGCCGUGUGUUCUACCUCUUGUUACCUGUUCAAGUGUUAUGGUAACAUCACACUGCUGGCCAUUUCUGUAUAAUUACCCCUGCUAUCUAUCUAAUUGGCAUUGUUUGAGUCUUGCAUUGACAUUAGAGCUUUUAAACGUUAGGUGUGCAUGAUGGUAAACGCGCUUUCUCGGUUUAUGUAGUUUUGUGAUAUUUCAUAUUUUACUCAAAUUUGAUGAGAUGUGUUUGUUUUGUUCCUUUUUUUUAGGGGUGUUGAGCUGUAUGACCAAAUUCCUGCAGUGUGUUUGUAUUCACACACAACUUUCCCUUCUUUCUUUUCCUUUUUUUAUUCUAUGCACCAGUGGAAUGAGACUUUUUUUUGGACACCUUGAUUUUUCCACCUGAGCAGUAUAACAACAAAUGCAAAGCCCACAUCGGCUAUGAUCAUUGCAUAUUAUGGAGUUGGAGGAAUUGCCAAUGUGCUGUUAGUCAGACUGUUAAAGUUGCAAACUGAAAACAAAAUGGACAGAACAGCUUCUUCAGCCAUGUGCCAUUCUUUUUGACGGUAUGUUAUUCAGGAACGCCGUUGACCAUUUAAAGGUCAUCACAGAGCUAAUUUGUAGCAUCAUGCACAAUGUGAAAUCUUUCAGUGCAAGUGUGAUCUUCCGUUGUAUUUUAUGGAGGUGGAGCCUCGUUCUUGGGUCUGUUUGGACAUGUGGAUGUCAUGUGGUGUAGAAAGUGGGAAAGUGAGCGGGUGUCCUAAAUGAUGGUGUGCUGAAAUUCAGAAAAUCAAGUUUUCUUUUAUUGGGAGACGGCUUUGUACUUGUUGUUACUGCUCCUUUUUUCGUGUUUUACAUUACCUAUACCAGCACCUUAAAAUAGCAGAUCAGAACGGCGUUGCUUUUCCUGGGGAUAAAACUCAAAAUAUUUGACAAUGUUGUUUUUGCACUAAACAAGAAUACACUUUGGUAGCUGCUGCAGCAUUAAGAGUAUUUAUCAGAUGGCAGACUGGCAGCUUCUAUAUAUGCCAAGAGGCGCACGCCAAGAGGCGCACGCCAACAGGCUUGAGAGGCUCGGCGUGUGCGCUUGCCGUUCAGAAAGCCACGCCUGUGGAGCAAGAGGGGUUCUACCUAGCUAACCAGCAUGACGUCUUUGAGAAAUAUGCCUUUUUAAAUGUAAACAACAGAGUGAAAUUUAGUUGCGUUGGUGGAUGGCCUUUGUACAGUGAUGUUGGAAGAAGGUGCUUUAUGCAAAAGAAACUGACAGAUGUUGAAAAGAGCUGAUAAGCUACGAACAGUAAGAUGUCUGUCGAGGCGAGGAUGCCAAAGUGCCGUGUGAAGAUCAAGUGUGCGGGAAGGUUUGACGGUCACGGUCUUUGUUCGAGGCUACAUAGGAAAAUGAUGCUUAAAGUAAGGCGUGUUCAUGCGCCAGACACCACCUGAGACUAUACAUAUCAAGAUUCAGAAGAGGCGUUUCGUUUUUUUACAUAAAUCUGCUUGAUCAUGAUGAGCUAAAUCCAGACUAUGUAUGGAAUAAAUGAAUACACCAGCCCGGAUGAAUGUGGCGCUGCUUUCCAAGUUUAGGUGCUUCAGUUGGGCAUUCAAAAUGCCUGCGGUGGUAACCCUAAUGACGUUACUUCACCUCAGUGAGGCAGUUUUUCCGUAUCUUUGAAUGUCCAAAGCUAGGACAAGGCAGGUUGUAGAAAUGGCUGGUUUGUAAACUAAAUGGCAUAUCAUCAUAAGCUAAUUUAAGUGUUUUUUAUUUUCGCAAUACCAUUUUUUAAAUUUUUUUUGCUUAAAUGUUGGGUUGAAAGAGGCCGAGAUAAAAUUACUCCCAAGUGUAACGAUCGGCCGUUUACUUUUUUUUUUUUUCUCGCUUUUCAAUGGUCUUGGAAUAAAAUAACGCCUGACUUCCAAUGAAGCAACAACCUAUAAAUCAGUUUAUUCCAAAUCAUAACCCUGUUUAGUAACGUUUCUCCUCUUUGCCUCACAUCCGUCUCUUGUAGAGAAACUAUUGCUGACAUAAAGAAACCUCUUGUAGAGUAGAACCUAUUUUCCUAGCUCCAAAUAAUAACAAUGAAUGUACUUAGAGUGGUUUGUAAUAUCAAGGCUAUCCAUCCAGUACAUUUAUACUAUAUGUUUGCUUCUUAUGUACAGACAUUUCUUUUUGUUGUUGUCCUCUUAUUUAUAGGCUUUUAAUAAUUGCAGAAAGUAUUAUGUUUUCUUCUUUCAUAUUUCAUUGAUUUUUAGAUAUCACCCACAUUACAGCUGAUAUCAUUUUGAUUAACAGGAGCUAUACAAGUCUACAGUUGAGAUGUCUUUUCUCUGGAUGUUUGCUACUGUAGUUUUAGGAGAAAAACGUUAUACACUGUUGCAAAGACGAGUCAUCUUUUCUGUUUCUGGCAUCAUGCUUGUUUGAGUUGCUGUAACAUAAGAGCUGUGUGUGUGUGUGUGUGUGUGUGUGUGUGUGUGUGUGUGUGUGUGUUUGUGUGUGUUUAUAUGAUGGUUGCUUUGGUGUGUGUGAUAUUGUUUGCUGUUAGAUUGUUGGCUUCUGCUUAAGCCCUCUGGUCUGAUAUUCCUGUCCUGUAAAAUCCUCCCAGAGUUCAGCUCACUAACUCAUUCGCGCAGGGACACUUGAAAGCGAAGAAGCUAAGGUUUUUGUUUGAGUGUUGCUUGUGUUCCUUUCCUUUUGGUGAUUGUAUUACUACACCAAUGUUAUUUUAUUUCCAGAUUUUAAAAAGCACAGUUUAUGAUUUGCAUGGCUUCAGCGAGCGUAAUUUUUUUUCUUCCUCUUCCUAGAUCACUUUGUCCUUGACAGUCUUUAGCAUGCCAAUGUCCACCCAAUCACCUGGAGCCAUGUGACAUUUGUGUGGCGUCAACAAAGUCUUUCCAGUUAAAGUUUGCCUGUUUUCUUUUCUUUUUUUUUAGCUACACGUCUAAAGUAUUGAGCACAAAUUAAAAUGGGCUACUGGCAGACCUGAGGAAAGAACCAAUAUUCCCUAAUGUCCUCCGGAUGCAGCUACAUUUAAAUGUUUCCAAUACUUUGGUUUUUGAGCAGACACCUGCAAAAACAAAUGCCUUUCCCAUGAGCCUCAGCUCAAGUAUUUAGUGCUAAUAAGCAAGUGUAAGCACUACACGCCACAAAGGUUAGCAUGCUAACACACUAAAAGGUGACGUUGGUACAACAGUACACCUGUUAAAUGUUAGCAUUGUUCUUGUGAUGCAAUUAGUAUGCUAAUGUGCAUUUAGCUCAACGUACAGCUGUGCUUAAGUUCCCCCUCACAGAGCUGCUGACAUGGCUGGAGACUGUUGUUCAUGUUUGAGUAUCAUAGUCAAAAUAAAUACUUAGAUUACUGUCCUCGGCAUUUCUUCUUGUCCGUUCAGGACAAUUGUCAGUGUGUAUGGAUAGAUAUCUAUCUAUCUGGCGUGAAUAGGAACCAAUAAUCUCUGCUGGCCGCGAUGGCGCCAGAAUGUGUCUUUAGCUGUGUCCGGUGUACAUUUGGGGUGAGCCCCGGGGCCGCAGUAAAUCUGACCUUUUUACCAAGCAUCACCUUUCCAAACCAAUGCCAUCCAACUGAUCUACAUGUAUCCAAUCAUGCAAGACUCAUGGGUAUUUUUAUAUUUUCAAAGCAAUUCUAGUCUUCAGAAUGACUUGGGUUUUUAUUUACCAACUUGGGGGAAAAAAAACUACCUCAGAGCAGUGUCAGGUGCUAGCUAAUAUUAGCCCUCAUUUAUAAUAAUGGUAUCAAAAUCAAAAAAAUUGUUGUGACCAAACCAAUACAAGCCAAUCUCGUAUGAGAGCACUGUUCUUUUUUUUUUAACCUUUUAUUAAAUGGAAAACCAAGUAAUCAUGUAUGACUGGUUGGUUGCUUUAGUUGGUUACAUUUUGGGGGACCAAAUAUUUGUAAUUGGUGUCUCAUUGUUUCAUGUGAGUCCUUCAUUUUUAUUUUAUUUUUGUUAUCAUUCUUUUCAAACAAUAGCUACAAAACCAACCCAGCACAACCAAGAACACAUUCUGAAGUAAACUGUAACUAUGACUGGAUCAUAAAGCAAAUGCUAUUCAUUAUGACAAUGUGUUGAUAUUCCAGCCAACUGUUGGGGAUAUUGUGGAACGUUUGUAGUGGUGACGGUCUGCCGGAGAGAAGUAUGUACAGCAAUAAUGUUGGCGUGCGAGCUGUGGAUCGUUGGAUUAGUUACAUCGGUUUGUCCUCUUUGCGCAGGUUGAAGGCGACGCUCGAUGCACAUUUUCAACUUUUAGAUCGCAAAACAAUACUUUGCAAACGGGUAGUAGAUUAAUUUGUCUCAAUAUUUGGAAGCAGCUUUUCUGUUUUUUAUUUUUACCGGAAUGUUUAAUUAAGUGUUCCUCCAGGAUAGAGCCACUCUGCCGACAUUUCUCUGCCGUGUUAACCCCGUACUGCAAUAAAACCAGGGUAGGGGGCGGUCCCUCUCGCCUCCUACGAUUAGCCAGACUCCACAGCAUUACUUUUUUUCUUUUUAAGGGUAUAAAAUGUAGUUUUUGCAUGCAACAAUUAAAGGGAAUAUACUCAUUUGAACAUGCUUUGCAAGAUAACAGAACAUUGUAAACGUCAACGAAAGGUACAUAUGAGGUUGUGUGGCACUUAACUACAGAUCGUUGUAACUUAGUCUAAACUGAAAACAUCCAGUGUGUUUGCAGUCUUGUGUGUGUGUGUGCCUUUUUGUCGGAUCUCUCUCCUCCAUCUGCCCCAACAUUGGGUUUGUGAGUCUUUUCAACAUAAAGGUUUGACAAAAUCUUCUGCGCCACAUAUAAAAAUAAUUUCCAUUUUUGAUCGUGCAACCUUGCGUGUUAGAUGCUGCAUAGAACGAUCAGUAUUUGUGUUUUGCACUUUCAAAGCAGUCUCAAAAAGAAAUCGCCCACUUGAGGUUGGGCAGAAAGUAAAAAAAAAAAAAUAACUGACGAGGUAUUUUAUGCUAUCAAUAGGAAUUAUAAGGAAUAAUAUGACUUUGAAGAGCUUUUCUAAAAAGGUUGAUAUAUCUAUAUAUUCAUGAAGUACCUCAUAAGCCUGAUAUAUGCUGCAUUGACUUUUUUUUUUCGUAGUGUACUUCAUAUUGUCCAAUACAUUUUUAAUUUCCCCCUUUUGGGAGGUUUGAAUGUCACUACAGGCUGUGCACACGCCACACCCAGUAAAUCUGCUCGAGUUCUGUCAUAACAAAGGAGUUUGUUACACUUUGUGGCCAAAUGAUAAUGUGUCAUUUAUGCAAAUCUCAACAGAAUAUUUCUCACUCGUCGCCACGUCAUAUUUCUGUGCGCUGUCUUUUUUGUUAUAUAUAUAUUUUCGGUGUAGCCAAAAAAAUAUCGGGUUUAGUUGACGUUCACGAAGCAUCCUGCGAGGCUCUGUGGUCGAACACGACUUUUGACUCAGGUAUUGUCGUGAAAGGGCUGUAUCUGCUUCCUGUGUCCUCGUUCCCCCCCCCCCCCCCCCCCUCCCCCCCUGCACCGCUGUCUUAAAAUAGCCUUAGAACUACACGUGAGGUUCCUAUUUGGCCUUAAAGUUGAACAAAUUAUGCACUUCAAUUUCACAGACUUGACAGAGAGCUUGAUUCCCAUUCAUUUUUAAAGAGUUUGCGUCUCAUUGCCGUGUUAUCUACCUCCUAUGAAUGUAGGGGCUGUCCUGGAGUUGUAGUCAACUCAUUUAAGGAAGACAGACAAUCAUCUGUAGUUUGUUGAAAAAUAAAUAUAAAACAUAUUCCUCUAUUCAUUCAUACAUAAAACUGAUUCCAGGACGCUCCAGUUUUCUUUUCUUUUUUUUCCCCCUUUUUGGCCAUUAUUAUUUUAUACAUUGUGCUUUCCCCCUUUGUAAGCCAUGAUGGAGAAGCAAAGUGACCAAAGUCUCUUGGCAAAGGCAGCCCUGCACAGCCGUGUGAUUUCAAACCUCCCUUCAUUUGUGUCAUUUUGAGCUCCGUUUUGAGUUGUUUUUUUUCCCCCUCUUUCUCUCUCUUCUCCCUUUUAUUUAAACCACGACAUGCCAAAACUGAAUUAGCUGUCAUUCCUGUUCUGGUGAGGGUCUUUAUGUUGCUGAUUUUAAAUUGUUCACAUCCACUGCUAAGCUCCUCGUUUCUUGUUGUUGUAAAAGUGUAAGCUUUGAUUUCUAUUUUACAUUUCCUUUUUUUUGUUAACAAUAAUGCUUACAGAACACAAGAUAUGCUGUAAACCCUGUUAGGACAUAAUGUGAAUACGUAUCACUUAAUAUAGUUCACUCUUUGGCUUGACUGUAAGUUACGUUAAUUAAUAAAAAUGUUUAAGUUUU